CAGCAGACUACUAGCCUGUUGUCAAGCGGUUGGGCGCAUGGAUUGGCAAUCCAGUUUCUAACCUUCUUUCCUCUUCUCCUUCUCUCUUGCGCUAUUCUUUCCUAUCUUUAUCAUCACAUCUCCAUUCGCCGGGUCAAUUGUAAAGACAGCCGUAAUUGAUCCCGCAAAAUGGCCAAAGUGUUCGAUGCGGCGGAAGUGGCAAAACACAAUAGGCCAGACAGUUGCUGGGUAGUUCUGUAUGGAAACGUAUACGAUGUCACCGACUUUCUCCCCGAGCACCCUGGUGGUUCCAAGAUCAUUUUGAAACUCGCUGGAAAGGAUGCGACCGAAGAAUACGACCCUAUCCACCCGCCAGGCAUACUAGAAGAAAAUCUUAAACCAGAAGCGAUGCUCGGAACCGUCAACCCAGAAACACUUCCGAAGAUAGAGGCAGAGCCAGCGCCCUCUUCAAGUGGCGAGACGGAGGGCCCACCCUCAAUGGAGUCCCUCCUCAACAUGGACGAUAUCGAACAGGCAGCCACUAAGAACGUGAGCAAGAAGGCGUGGGCCUACUAUUAUUCGGCCUCGGAUGAUAAAAUCACCAAGAAUUUCAAUACGGAAGUUUACCGCUCAAUUCUCUUACGGCCACGGGUUUUCAUUGACUGUACGCGAUGCGACCUGAAUACCACGUUAUUGGGGCAUAAGCUAGCAAUGCCAAUCUAUGUGUCUCCUGCUGCGAUGGCUCGGUUGGGCCAUCCGGCGGGUGAGGUGGGCAUCGCCGAAGCUUGCCGCAGCUUUGGAGCUAUGCAGAUUAUCUCGAACAAUGCAUCUAUGACACCAGAGCAAAUUAUAAAAGAUGCUCCUCCUGGUCAAGUAUUUGGGUGGCAGAUUUAUGUCCAAAUUGAUCGCAAGAAGAGCGAGGCGAUGCUGGCCCGAAUAAACGAGCUCAAGCAGAUCAAAUUCAUUGUUCUGACCUUGGAUGCCCCAGUUCCUGGCAAGAGAGAGGAUGACGAGAGGGGCAAUGCUGUCGGUGCGUCAGCGCCAGUUCCGAGCGCUGCGAAAACGGCGGGUAGUGCUGAAGACGAAACCUCUCGAAUUAAUCAAUCCCCUGGCGGUGUUGGAAAGCAACUCUUUGCCGGAACAGAUCCCUCACUAACCUGGAGAGAAACUUUACCAUGGUUGGCCGAGCGUACCGAUCUACCAAUCAUCCUGAAAGGCCUACAGACGCAUGAGGAUGCAUAUAUUGCCUCUCUCCACACCCCUCAGGUCAAAGGAAUCAUUCUCUCGAAUCACGGUGGACGUGCGCUCGACACUGCUCCCCCAGCAGUGCAUACGUUGAUGGAAAUCAGAAAAUACUGCCCUGAAGUGUUCGAUAGGCUAGAGGUCUGGGUUGAUGGCGGAAUCCGGCGUGGUACGGAUGUUGUGAAAGCCCUAUGCCUGGGGGCGAAGGCCGUGGGCAUUGGGCGACCUGCACUGUGGGGCUUGGGAGCUGGCGGUGUUGACGGUGUUAAGCGUACCCUGCAGAUUCUGGCCGAUGAGAGCAAGACAUGCAUGCGGUUACUUGGCGUCGAAACUGUGGAUAAACUAGGACCCCAACAUAUCAAUACCCGUCUUCUUGAACAACAGGUCUACGAUGGCCCAUCGGGUUUAGAAUCCAUACGGGACGCUUUCCGCGCAAGAUUAUAGACAAUGUAGCAUAUGAUUGGUGUUAUAACAUACAUACUACGUACGCAUUUU